GGUUAAACACAGAUUAUGAUCUGUGUAAUAUAUGGUGCUAAGUAUAAAAUGGCUCACAGACGUAGACGUCGUUGGAAUAGGACUUAUGCUAGAUAUAAUAAGGUUCCUUCGCAACAAUAUCCUCCAUCGCAUGUAACGGAAACUGUGUCUAAUUUUGGAGAAAAUAAUAUUCAAAUACCAGUAGUAAAAGUAUCAUCUUAUUGCCAAACGGAAAAUGAACAAAUGAUACAAGCAAAGAAACAACCAUUUACCAUUCAAAAUUUAGAAUCGGUAAAUAGAAUAACGAAUAUACCCAUUGUGGAAUCGAGCUGGCAUUAUGCUGAAAACAUGUAUAACAAAAUUAAGAAAUCCAAUAAUUUACUUUAUUGGACAUUGGGACAAGCGGAACAAUCAAUUCUAUCAGCUGUAGAAACUGCUCAACCAGCAGUUGUUUUAUUUCAAGGACCACUUUCUACCAUCGAUAGAAUAGUUUGUAAAAGCUUGGACGUGGUAGAAGACAAGAUUCCAUCGAUUAACUUACCUCCAGAGAUGAUAUAUUGGAACACAAAACAGUAUGUUUCUAAUGUUGGUACUCAAAUAGUUCGACCAGUUUUAAAAAGGGCCAAUUCAGUAAAAGAAAUUGGAAAUACUGUACUAGCAAGCAAAUACACUGCAUAUGCUGCUGAUACUUUAGAUGGGGCAUUAAAUGUCGCUGAUAAAUACGUCGACAAAUAUUUGCCAGCGGACGACGAUCAAUCAACUGAUGUAACUAAACCAGUUGAUGGGCCAACUGGAAAAGCAAUUAAUACUAUCCAUCAUGUAGACAGAUUUUCCAGGAAACUAAAGAGGAGGCUUACCAAGAGAACACUUGCUGAAGUCAAAGCCUUAAAGGAACAUAGCGCUGAAGCAGUUCAUGUUUUAAUUUAUGUUGCAGAAUUGAUCGCAACAGACCCAAAACUUGCUUUUCAAAAAGGUAGGGAACUGUGGGAAUCCUUAAGCAAAGAUGAACCUGAAAACCAAGCUCGUCCUGAAAAUCUCGAACAGCUUAUUGUCCUGUUAACUAGAGAAUCAACAAGACGCUUAGUGCAUUUAAUCAACUUUACAAGUUCUGUAGUCAGCAAAGUACCAAAAAAAAUGUCCAACACAUUUUUGACCAUGGCAUCCAAAUUUGUUACCUUGACAGAUUCAAUGGUAAAGACAGUUCAUUUGGAAGGUGUUCAAAAGGCUGUCGUUAAUGGAUUAAAAUUGAGAGUACAUGACUCAGCAAUCAUUUUAAAGAGUGUGAACAAUUAUGUAAACGAGUUGCUGGAACAACUGGCGGAAUCUAUGGUUGAGAAGGAAAAACCUAAAACUGUCUUGUCUGUGCCACAAAUUAAGGUUCAACUAAGGGCAGCACAAUACAGAAACUCUAUAACUACUACCACCACAACAAUAAAAUCAAACAGUAAUGGAGUGGAAAAUAACUCUCAAUAAUUUAUUUAACCAUUAAUUUAAGUUUUAACCCUUUAACAUUUUGGCUUUAAAUGCAUUUUAGUAUAUACAAGAUAUAUUUUGAAUGCUAUAAAAUUUAUGAUUGUUUUAUCUUAAAAUAUAUUUAAACAAUAUAUUUUUGAUAAAACUUUCAUUGUUUCGUUUGAAUUUCAUAUAUGUAUUAUAUGAAUCUUAGAAUAAGUGUUCUCUUUGAUGGUUAUUGAAUUUUUUAUAAAAUAUAUUUCUAUCAGAAGAGCAAUGUGGGCAAUAAUAUUAAUAUUAUAUCAAUAAAUGUUAAUUAUAAAUAAACGAAAUAAAUAUUACUAAUAAAAACAGAAA